CUGGCAGCCCAAGGCGCUCAGGCAGCAGGAGAUCCUGAUGCUGGGCCCCUCUGCGGCGAGGCGGGCGGCCAGGCGGCGGCGCUUGGGAGCGCUGGAGGCCUGGUGCCAUGCCGUGGCGGGCCCCUGCAGGCCAGGGUCAUGGCAGGACCGCGAGCGCGCGGCCAGGCCGGCGUUGGUCAGCGCGGUGGAGGGCCGGCGGGUGGCGGGAGCGUCUCGCCAGCGCCGCAACGCAGCCCUCCACGCAGCCUGCGCCCCUCCGAGCGGUUUCCUCAGGGCGUCCGCCGAGGAGAUCGCGGAGGCGGCGCGGGGGCCCCGCUUGGGCUUCCUGGUCGAGGCGGAGCACGCCGCGCACGUGGCGAGCGGCGACGCGGGCGGCUUGGCUAACAGGGCUGCUGAGAACGAGUGCGAGCAGAUGCAGUGGGUUUCGGCGCCCCUCCGCGUGAACUGGGGGGCGAAGCUGAAUACCUACUCGGGUGGCAGCAUGUGGCCCGAGUUCGGGGUGCAGGUUAUUCACGUGGCUGAGCUCGAGCCGCAGCUGCUCAACUUGGCGGGCGGGCUCCACUCCACGAAGCUGGGGACCAUGCCGAGCGAGUGCGAGGAAAAGGAGCGUGAGGAGGCGCUUCCCGUCCCCGCCUUUUUGGAGCUGGAGGGGCUGGAGGACGGGGGGGAGCUCGACGUUUGGGCGGGAGGCAGUGGAACGCUGCCGCAGCUCCGAGGAUGCGAGCUGGCGCCAGGAACAUGGCAGGUAGCCGACCUGAACGCGGAGGCGAAGGCUUUCGCGGAGGGAUUGGCUGCAGGCUGGCGGCUGGCCGAAACGGUCGAGGCGGUCGGCAGUCAGCACACCGUGAAGGACGAGGGCGCUGUCGUGGGGGAGGGGGCCAUGGAGAUCCUCAAGCGCGGAUCGGACACCCAGGGCGUGAGGCCAUGGGUUGCGUUGGCCAAGGCAAUCUCCAGCGCCAAGGGCGCGGGCGCGAAGAAGGAGGACAAGGAGGCCGCCGACGGCGACGGCGCGAUCGAGGGCAUUGUGGUGACCAUCGGGGCCUGCUGCCUGGAGGCGGCGGUCGGCCUGUGGGUGCUGCCGAACCUGGAGCAGGGGAUGGGCGAGCCGAGCCAGGAGAACAGAGUCGAGCAGCGCACCAGCGAGAAGUGCGAGCACGACUCUGAGCGGCACGACAGGGUCGGGCAGAGCGGCAGGGAGCUGGGCGCCGCGAAGCUGGGGGGCGGUGCCCAGCUGCAGGUGGACUUCGACGAGUCCUGCCCCGACGCCGCCGACGAGGAGCUGGCGAGCGGCUUCUUCAGGGUGCGGUCGGAGGCCGAGCUCAAGGGGCACGUCGUUGACAUCUUCGCGGGCAUGGACUUCUCCCAGGCCGCCGUCCUCGACGUCUUCGAGCGGCUGGGAGCCAGGGGCGCGGCGUGGUCGCCCUGGGCCGAGGCGGCCGCCAGGGCCCUCGUUGUCCAGUUCGUGAAGGAGGGCCCCGCCGAGCCCGCCCGCGCGAGGCAGCAGGAGCUGGGCGGCUUGGUGACGGCUUUCUGCGUGGAGCUAUCCAGGCCGUGCGGCGAGAUCGCGGCCUCGAAGCUCCGCGAGGUGUCCGAG